UUUCCGCGUAGCCAAAGAGGCCGCCCGACUUAAUAAGUUGGCGCCUAGUUUCCCAUUUCCACAAACACCUGAUGGGCCAUUCCCAUUUCCUCCCGAGUUAAACCAGAUUCCACAACAUGAAACCUGGAUUGGCAUGGAAUUCCAAGAACUGUGACUCCAAGACAAUGGAACAAGCACGUCUCUGCUCGUCACCAAGCUCGCCUUCCUCCUCGGCGAUCAAGAACGCUCGAGGACGUUACACGUGAGUUCCUCCUGUCUCCGCUUCCCGACACUUUCUUCGGCACUAAGAACGUGAUCCGUUAGGCCCGAGCCAGUGUUACUGAAGGCCUAGCCUGGCCCGUCAAGGCCCAAGCUCGGACGUUUGACAGCGCUGUCCCUUUUCUCUCCGAUCCCACUCCGCCGGCCGCCUCGGAGCGUACCACCGUUGCCUCCUCAUCUUCCUCCUAUUUAUACCUCCUUCACUGCCAGCUGGUCUGGGUGGGAGUGGUCCGAAUCGCCCAAACUCGCUGCUAUAAGUCGAAAGCAGACCUCCUUCCCUCCCUCCUCCUGCUUUGAUCAUCAGAAGAUCACUAUAUCUCCAGAUCUGAGGCGGUUUGGAGUCGAUACCGGUCCGAAAGCAUUGUAAUCCAAGCAUUUAAAGGCUGUUAAGCUGACACAUAUUCGGAAGCUUUGGUGGACUUCAAGGACGCAAGUGUUUGAUCUUCAUUAAAGAAGUAUUGAUGGUAUCCAAUAUAAAUUAAAGAAAACUUUUCCAUCGUCAAGGAGGAACAGCAUAAUUCUCAAAUGUUAUUAGCAAUCAGGAUGGAGAAGUUUCAGAGAGUUCCAAUUCUCUUGAAUGAAAAAUUCAGAAUACAUUUCUCAAACAGAGUUGUUUAAACAAGUACAUCAUAUAUCGCUAACAUUGGACUUCAUGGAUGCAUUAUAUAAGAAAUGGAGAAGAAGAUGCCUUUCAAGGAUUUCAGUCUAUCUGAUGUGUUUACUUGCCCCUAUUCUGUGCUUGCUUUGUUUAAUUAAUUCAGAACUCCCUGAGGUGUCACUCAGCAACAGUGUCAUGGGAUCACCCAGGAACUUGACAUUCACCAAGACAGUGGAGGGAGUAGGACUUGGGGAACUUGGGGACAUGAUGGUCGCAAUGUUGCCCGAUGAUCUUGCAUUUACCAUAUUUGUUCCGUCAGAGGAGGCCUUCGGGCGUUUGCUAAAACUGAGAUCCCAUGACAGCGUGAGCAAGGAUAGACUAAAUGAGACGUAUGCGGUCGUCUCUCGUGUAAUGGGGUUUUCUGCAGUUCCUCAACAUAUACCAUCUAAAGUAAUUCCUUUGCACAAGGAGAUGACAUUUGAAUCUGUAUCAGGAUUCAGAUUAUAUGCUUGGAAAGAUUUAGAUGGAACGCUGGUUGUGAACGGCAUUAGAUCAGAAGUUGUUGAUAUCAGAAAAGCUGAAAUCAUUGUGCAUAAAAUGGAUGGUGUGCUCAUGGAUGCUGAGUUUGAGCAGUCAUUCCCACCGGAUUAUGAGGACUGACAUUUCGUCGAAAUAUGUCCAAAUACCAUCUAGUACUUGAUAUGAUUAGUGUUUUUUCUGCUAUUUAAUGAUAGUCCAUUCAUUAUCAGCUCCUUGUAUUGGUAAAGAUUAUGUGAAUUAUCAGUCUGUCUUCUCCAAAGGGGAAGACACGAACCGACCUAAUUCACUCCAUGUUAAAGUCCUCUGCUGAGGUAAGUUAAAUCUUUCAAAAACAGAGAGGGUUAACAGAGGUUCCUUUGGAGGAAUUCCUUUCUGUGGUGUUAAAUUAUUUUCAAUUCGUUUGUUAAAAUUGUUUUUCAUAUUUGGAUAGUCGGAAGAAUACUUUUUGUAUUGAUUUGAUGAUGACGGAACAGCUAAGAUGAUCAAACUAGAAACAUUUGUUGCAUGAUAUGUAAUCAAUCACGCAUCUAACAUGACACUGGGGUCUUAUGUAUUCAUCAUUCAUGUUUUUUUAUGGUAUCAAAGCACAUUAAUAGAUUGAGCUCUUUCCUAGCAUCAUGCAUUUGAGAUUACCCAUCAUCCAAAUCUAAAUCUAAAUCUUUUUAGUUUGAAUCAUGCAUUUGGAUAUCACCAUCGGUGCUGCAGGACACCAAGUAUGCGGUUGCUGAUGAUGUGUUACCGUAUGGGACCGUGGUGCCGGCCAGUUCCACCGUGGCGUGCUCCAUCUACUUGGUGGGGAGAAUGGAGACGAUCUGGGGUAAAGACUACAGGGAGUUCCGGCCGAGAGGUGGCUGUCCUACUCUGGUAUUCCUCCACAAUCCUACUCUGUAAUUGUCCGUUCAUCUAUUUGUUUGGUCGCAUUUUGUUGGAUAUCGAACAGAAGUCUCUUCUUCCUUGGGAUCAUGUACCGAGGGAAAUGAUACUAUAUACUUCAGUUGUCAGCUUCAUCUACCAUCUGCUAUGCGCGCUCUUUCUUU